AUGAGGAAGCAUGGAUGGCAGCUACCUUACCAUCCUCUUCAGGUUGUGGCUGUUGCUGUGUUUUUAGCUCUGGGCUUCGCUUUCUACGUUUUCUUUGCUCCUUUUGUUGGAAACAAGAUGUAUCAGUAUAUUGCCGUUGCUCUCUACACACCUCUGAUUACUCUUGUUUUUGGACUCUACAUUUGGUGUGCUGCAGCAGAUCCAGCAGAUCCUGGGGUUUUCAAGUCCAAAAAGUAUCUUAAAAUUCCAAACAUUAAAAAAGUUGUUGGGCUAAAGAGUUCUAAAUUAGGUGAAGAGUCAACUCCAUCAAUGCAUGAUGCAACUGCUUCAACAGUUGGAGGGAAUUCCAUUGACAGUGAAGCAUUUGGAACUGAAGGAAAUAUGAAAGAUGCUUAUAAUUCAGUAGAGAAGGAAAAUUCAUCUUCUUGUUUGUCAUGUUUCCUUGUGGUUUGCUCUCCUUGUGCUUAUAUACGCCGCUGCUCUGGUUCAAGUGAGGAAUUUUCUGAUAAGCAAACCAGUGAAGAUGGCAUGUUCUAUUGCAGUUUGUGUGAAGUUGAGGUCUUCAAAUACAGCAAACACUGCAGAGUUUGCGACAAGUGUGUUAAUCACUUUGAUCAUCAUUGCCGGUGGCUCAACAACUGUAUUGGGAAAAAGAACUAUAGCCAAUUUUUCAGCUUGAUGGUUGCUGCUAUGCUCUUGUUUAUUCUUCAAUGGUGCACCGGGCUCCUUGUGCUGGUUUGCUGUUUUGUUGAGAGGAAGCAAUUUUCUAAAGAAAUAUCCUCUAAGUUGGGAAGCAGUUUCUCUAUGGCUCCCUUUGUUAUUGUUGUGUCUGCAUGUACAAUUCUGGCUAUGAUUGCUACUUUACCUGUUGUUCAGCUUUUCUUCUUUCAUAUCCUCCUCAUUAAAAAGGGACUCAGCACAUAUGAUUACAUUGUAGCUAUGAGGGAGCUGGAGCAAGAGCAGGAACAGUUAGGAGUUGGAGGCCAGCAAAGUCCCCAAAUGUCAACUGUUAGCUCAUUUACUGGGUUGAGCAGUGUAAGCUCCUUCAAUGCUUUACAUCGUGGCGCAUGGUGCACACCUCCACGCAUGUUCCUUGAGGAUCAGUUUGAUGUAGUGCCCCUGGAAACAGGUUCUGUCAGUUCACUUGGAAAGAAGUCAAUGAGAGAAGAGCCAUUGAAGAAAAAGAAUCCUGGAGCAAUCAAAAUUAGUCCAUGGACAUUGGCACGAUUAAAUGCGGAAGAGGUUGCUAAGGCUGCUGCUGAAACACGGAAAAAGUCCAAAAUUCUGCAGCCUGUGAUAAGACAGGAUCAUGCUUCCGGGCUAGAACCAGACACCAGUUUCGAUAGCACUAGUGGCCGAAGAAUGGUUUCCACGAUCGAGAACAAUAGAAAGUGUGAUAAUAAGCGCAUUUACCUUCCUCCCGACAUAUCUAUGGAAUCCAUGACAAAAGUUUCUUCCAAUAAUACCGAUAUGGGAUUCAACGGAAGGUCUGGCUUUGCCCCUCCUCAUUUACGUAGGGCAUCAUCGCCUGAAAGUAGUUUCACUUCUCCUGAUAUUCACCCUGUUGACGCUUUGGGAGCUGACGAAAUAAGAAAUAAUGCAAGAAUUUCAUCUCCUGGUGCUGCAACUCUGAACGAAAAUCCACUGUCAAGGUCAACAAGCGACGGGUAUGAGGCCUCCGGCGGAGAAGACAGCGACCAGAUUCCUAGUAGGGUUGUUCAGAGAAUUGCAGAUUGGAGUAAUGUUCUUUUCAGAGGUGAUCAAGAUGAAAGGCGUUUUAGGCCUCCAUUAUCAUCCAACAUAAGUCACAGUAGAAACUAG